UUUAAAUGGCUCGAAAGAGGCUCCGCUGCCACUGCGGUGCCAUUUCCGAAAGUGUCCUCGGUCCGGCUGUUAAGGAACCAAGUGGGUCGGCUCUUCCAUCCCAAGGUCGGCGUAGGCCCUGGCCUUUCGCUCACAGACGUUCGCUCUGCUGCUCAAAUGACAACCUGCCAGCGCGAUAUGAAACAGCAGACAGCGAAGAGAUGGUCUGCAAAAGAAAAUCCUGCACUAUUUAUUCAUGUAUUUAUUUAUCCAGUGAUUUAUACACCUGCCGAGGAAACGAAGGGCGCCGAAUGUAUCGGGAGGAGAAAGCAAGUGAGAAAGAGGCCUUUUUUACAGCAGACACCCAAAGUCCUCUGUCACGCUUUGGUGUCCACACCUCCACCUUGACUACAGCGCGGGGUGGUGCUGUGCGUUCGCUGUAAAACACCGCACGUCCAGCGUGUGGUCUCCCUUCACCUCACGCAGCACCUGCAUCCCCCAGACUGCGAGCAAGAGAAGCGCGAAUGUGCCACGAUCGAGGACGGGAAGAAAAGCCAACCCCAAAAAUCCGUGGAGACCCUCGUGUCUAAAUAAAGCCUGGAGUCACCAGGGUACCGUUUCUUAAAAGGACUUGAGUGGGAGGAAUAAGAUUUAACAGAAGCGUCUAUAAAAAGCCUCUCGUCCCGUCCCGUGCCCUUCUCCUCCUCCUUGGGGUUCCCCUGUGUAUUGUCUGAGCUCCUCCUAGUAGAGCACUUCCUUUUUUGUCGAGUCUUGCCUUUCAAUUCACCAUUAUCACUUCAUUGUUGUAUUGGCUCAUCCAAAGGACCCGUGACUCUUCUUCAGGUGGGGAAGACGGGGGGCACCUGAAGACAGGGUUUACCUGCUCUGCCCUGGAGACAACGGCGGUCCUUCGCAAGGAGCACCUUCCCACUUGGAAAUGGCGCCCAAAAAGCCGGAGCCCAAGAAGGAGGCGGCCAAGCCAGCCCCGGCCCCGGAGCCCGAGAAGCCCAAGGAGCCCGAGUUUGACCCCAAGAGCAUCACAAUUGAGUUCACUGGAGAACAGAUUGAAGAGUUCAAAGAGGCCUUCAUGCUGUUCGACAACACCCCGACGGCCGAAAUGAAGAUCUCGUACGCGCAGUGUGGUGACGUCAUGAGGGCUUUGGGUCAGAACCCCACCAACGCAGAGGUCAUGAGGGUUCUGGGGAAACCGAAGCCAGAGGAAAUGAACACCAAGCUGCUCGACUUCGAGACCUUCCUGCCCAUGUUCCAGCACAUCUCCAAGUCAAAGGACCAGGGCACCCACGAGGACUUCGUGGAGGGGCUCCGCGUCUUCGACAAGGAGGGCAACGGCACCAUCAUGGGGGCCGAGCUGCGCCACGUGCUCGCUACGCUGGGUGAGAAGAUGAAGGAAAAAGAGGUGGAACAGCUGCUUUCGGGACAAGAGGAUGGAAAUGGCUUCAUCAACUAUGAAGCUUUUGUCAAACACAUCAUGUCCGGCUGAGCGGGUCCGAAGCGGCUCCGAGCCGAGGGCAUCCGGGGGGGGGGGAAACUGAGCCUCCUUCUCCAAUGUUUACAAAAACUCCAAUAUCGAGGCGGGGUCCGAAGCAGCAAACCCGAACGUUCUUGGUUUCUCCAGUGCCGCGAGAAGCUGUCCCUUCACGUCCGUCCCUGUGUCACACCAAGUCCCUCCUCGCCCACCAAUUUCAUGUUUUUUAAUUUAUUGGCAGUUACUCCGGUGGCUGAUGCAUAAACAGCUAUUAAACAUUGUAAAACAAUAAAGCACCGAAGUGGGUUUGUCUCAUGGCUGCACGGAAACUGGAAUACGGUCA